AUGGAAGACGCACAUGCCGCUGUACUCGACCUACAACCUGAAAAGAACGGCCAAACGCAGAAGCCUGCGCCCCCUGACAAACGCUUGUCGUACUUUGGAGUGUAUGAUGGCCAUGGUGGGGAGAAAGUGGCACAAUUCGCUGGUGAAAACAUACACAAGAUUGUGGCCAGACAACAAGCGUUUUCAAAGGGAGAUAUCGAGCAAGCGCUCAAAGAUGGGUUCCUUGCCACAGACAAUGCAAUCUUGAAUGAUGCACGGUAUGAGGACGAAGUCUCUGGGUGCACCGCAUCAGUCGGCGUUAUAUCAAGAGACAAGAUAUGGGUUGCCAAUGCUGGAGACUCCCGCUCAGUGCUGGGUGUGAAAGGGCGAGCAAAGCCCCUGUCAUUUGACCACAAACCACAAAACGAAGGCGAGAAGGCUCGUAUCAGUGCUGCAGGUGGUUUCGUCGAUUUCGGUCGUGUAAACGGCAAUCUCGCGCUCUCACGUGCCAUUGGUGAUUUCGAGUUCAAGAAAAGCGCCGAUCUUUCCCCUGAGCAACAGAUCGUGACUGCUUUCCCCGAUGUGAUAACACAUGAGGUAUCAAGUGAUGACGAGUUCCUUGUCAUUGCUUGUGAUGGUAUAUGGGACUGUCAAUCUUCGCAAGCAGUUAUUGAGUUUGUCCGUCGGGGCAUUGCUGCGAAACAGGAAUUGCAACGUAUAUGCGAGAACAUGAUGGAUAACUGUCUGGCUUCCAAUAGUGAGACUGGCGGCGUAGGCUGUGAUAACAUGACCAUGAUUGUCAUCGCCCUCCUAAACGGCAAGUCCAAGGAGGAAUGGUACGACCUUGUUGCAAAACGUGUGGCUGACGGUGAUGGACCAUGCGCACCACCCGAGUAUGGCAAGUUCCCUCCACUAUCCAGAAGACCAACUGAGUUCCGCGGCCCAGGCGUGAGGCAUCAAUUCGAUCACGAAAGCCCGGACGAUGAGUAUGAAUUAGAUCUAGACCACCGAUCUAGAGGAUUUGGUGGCCGCAAUGGCCGCAUUAUUCUCCUCGGAGACGGCACCGAAGUGUUGACAGAUUCAGAUGACGCAGAGAUGUUCGACCAAAGCGAGGAAGACAAGGACACGGCAAAUCAAAUCAAGAAAGACACGCCCGAUACAUCAGACAUUGACUCGACUCGUAGUCAGCGAGAGGGAACGCCAGGCCCACAAUCUGCUGGUGACGAAAUCAAGGUAUCAAGCCAUCGGGACGCAUCGCAUGGUCCAGGUACCGAGAUCAAGGGAGUUGCUGAUACGCCUGAGAAGAAGGCUGCCUGA